UCUCGCCCCUCCAUAAAUAGACGUCCGAGCACGUGUGAGGAGCCAGCGACAUCAACAACAGUUGGGCACCCACACGUCCGCUGACUGGUUUCAGUUUUUCUGCUUUCACAUGGAGACUGGAGAGGAUCGUCCUCCGCAGAAGAAACGGAGGAGAUGCUACCUUAUUUUAAGUGUCGCUGUCUUUCUUAUAACUGCUGUCGUCGCCGUUGCUUUGGGACUGGCACUCCACCAGGGAACAGACCAUCUCAAAACAACGUUUAUUUCUAGGUGUGAGAAGUUCAAAGGAUACAGCUGUCAAAAGUUAUGGGGUGCGUUUGAACAAGCCUAUGUAGGGCGGGACCCUUGUAAAGUUCCUAUGGAAGACUAUGACCCUCUCAUUGCAGCGGCCCCCUUCAAACCUGCAUGCAACAGAAUGAUGUUCUGGAGCAAAACGAAGAAUGUGGUCCACGACUUCACUGAGAAGAGAGAUUGUUUUGUCACCCUGGAGGACACUCUGUUGGGAUCUGUGCUGAAUGGUCUGACCUGGUGUGGAAAGGAGGGCAGCAGUGAAACAUUCACUACCGGCUGCCCAGGAUGGACAGACUGUGAGAACAACACUGUUCGCUCAUUCUGGAACAAAGCCUCCGCAGCUUUUGCAGACAAUGCAUGUGGUGAUGUCACAGCAAUGCUAAAUGGAUCCAUUGCCACACCGUUCAGUCCUGUCAGUAUUUUUGGAAGCAUUGAGGUGAAGAGGUUCAACUCCACCAGGAUGACAAGUCUGAAUGUUAUUCUGGUCACACAGAAGGACACUGGGACAAACUGCACAAAUGCAUCUUUAAAAGAUUUACAGAAAGAGAUGAAGAAAGGAAUUAAAUACAACUGCAAGGAAGUGACUGAAGCUCAGAUCCAGGAGUGCAGCUCCCACCCAGAGAAACCCUGUGGAGCCUGUUGGUGAAGAUAUGAAGAUGAAACUGUCUGAAAAGACGAGACACAACACCAACUAGCUAUAACUAGCUAUUCGUUUUCGUUUUUGUUCAGUCUUUGCAAAUCAUCAAGUAUUUUGGAAAUGUUAUGUUCUACCUGUGGGCCAGUUUGACAUAAUGUGAAAUGCGUCUUUAUAUAUAAAUGUCACAGAAUCAUUUUUAAAAAACAUGAUAAUGCACCUUUGUAUCUUUAUUGAAAAUGUUCGGGAUGUGAUGGGGAAGUGUAAAAAGAGUUUCGGUUGAUUGUCAUGUACAUAGGGUAAAAUUGCAGUGCUGCUAUCUAAUCACGUUCAGCUGACAAUCUCACUCCUACCUGGUGGCAGAAUUUUAAACGAUUUUUAAUAAAAUGUUUAAUAGCUUGUGAAAUUUU